AUGGGUUAUUUCAAGGAGCCCGUGUGGUUGAAACCUGGGACCGUGGGGAGAAGCAACGGGAGGUUGAAGGUGGAAAGCCAUCAUGAGAAGAGCGUGUGGGCAGGGGACACCACCACGCGCCUCCUGCUGGGUGCCAUCGCGGUCCUUCUGUUUGCCAUCCUGGUGGUGAUGAGCAUCUUGGCUUCCAAGGGCUGCAUCAAGUGCGAGGCGCCCUGCCCAGAGGACUGGCUGCUGUAUGGAAGGAAGUGCUACUUCUUUUCUGAGGAACCCCGAGACUGGAACACAGGCAGGCAGUACUGCCACACCCAUGAGGCUGCACUGGCUGUGAUUCAGAGCCAGAAGGAGCUGGAAUUUAUGUUCAAGUUCACGCGGAGGGAGCCCUGGAUUGGACUACGCAGAGUUGGGGACGAAUUCCACUGGGUCAACGGGGACCCGUUUGACCCAGACACGUUCACCAUCUCAGGCCCGGGGGAGUGUGUCUUCGUGGAGCCCACCAGGCUGGUGUCGACGGAGUGUCUGAUGACCCGGCCCUGGGUGUGCAGCAAGAUGGCCUACACGUGAGGUGGGCCAGUCUGAGGCAGCCCCUGUACCCAGGCAGCAGGAGGUGUCCCCUCGAGACCUGUCUCCAGCGGAGCCACCUGCCCUCUCCAAGGCGAAGCAGUGGGGAGGUGGGCCUCCACUCUGGCCCCGGCGCUCUGAGUCCCUGGUUCCUGGUCUCCUUGGUCCCCAGGCAGGUUGUGUGGCUCAGCAGUUAAAUCUCAUAUGCUAAGUAGUGUAGGCAUAUGUCCCCCAUACACACACACGCACAGCACAUGCACGCACAUGCACACACAUACACGGUCCCCUCUCCAGCUCAGGGUCCCCUGUGAGCUGCCCCACAAGGACCUCCCUGGCCCCCUGGAUGUCCUUCCUCGCUGCAGCCUGGUGCUUUUGGGAAGGAGGGGCUGACACAUGUUGUAUGAUGGCUCCCACAGCAGCCCGCCUUCCCCGAAGGUUUCUCUCCUGGUUGUUCAGAGAGGCAGGCAGGGCAGGCUUCCCCUCACCUGGACCAGGCCCACCUGGGACCCUAGGCUGUGCCCGAGGCUCUGAGGCAGGGCCGCUGCUGUGUCUGGUGCUGUUGUGGUGGUCACUAAUGGAAUAAAGAGAUGACUGGUGUCCCAAGAA